AUGGAAUCGAAAGAAAAAAUCGUCUCUUGCUUGAACAUCCUAAAAAGGUUGCCUCCAACUCAGAUCCAGAAGAAUGCCGCAGCACUAGCCUCGCUGAUCCCAGAUUAUGCCGAAGAGUUAUACUAGAAAAUAGAUAAGCCUUUAGAUAUUGGAUAAGACGAGAAAGGGAAUCAAUUUAUAUAAUCUGAAUUCAACAGGGAUGGAGAUUCAUUUAGAUCUUACCUUACAAAUUCAUAUUAUCCUGCAAUUGAUGAUGCAGUUUAUCCAUCAGAAGCAUUGCGUAAAUUAGAAAUCAAGGCCAAUGCUGUCUUCGAUGAAUACAGGAGAUUAUAUUAUGAAGGAGGAUUGUCGUCAUGCUACUUUUGGGAUAAAGAGGAUGGUGGAUUUGCAACAGCCUGGUUGAUAAGGAAAAAUGUAGAAAAAAGUAAGGGAAUUGAGGAUGGGUCUUGGAGUUCGAUUAAUGUGAUUGAUAUUAAGACAGACGGGAAAUCUAAGUGGACCUACAAGAUAACUACAUCGGUUGUUUUGGAAAUGAAUAUCAUCGAAAACCAAGAUGUUGGCAAAUUCAAUAUAACAGGCACAUUAACCAAAUAAAAAGAGGAAUCCUUUGAGGCUCCAGCAGGUAAUAAGGAUUUAGAUUUGUUCCACAUUAUGAAAAUCGGGACUUUGGUGGAAGAUGUGGAGAGCUAUCUCCGUUCUUAAUUGGAUAGUGUUUAUUUCGGGAAAACCAAAGAUAUAGUAUUCUAAACACGUUUCAGCGAGGGAUAAAAGCAUUUCCUUUAAUAAAGAUAGGAAUUGGCAGGAGAGUUUAAAUAGAAAUAUGGAUGA